UCGAGCAGAUAUCUAUUCCUCCGUUCCCGUCCAGCAUCUGUCCUACGCACCCGGCAAAGAACUUGUGCUAGGGAUUGUGCGGCCACACAUAGCUCGUGUAUCUGCCACUCCGUUCAAAAGAAACACUUGUACCAUUAAGAAAUCGUGAGCAAGACCAAAUGGUUGACAGAAAACGUCCUCGUGCAACCUCUCCUGCACCAGAUGCUCGGGCCAGUUCUCCGGGACUUGACGACCCUGGAAGGGAAAGGGAAUCAAGUCUGCCACCCUUUGAAGAGGCCGAGGUAGAAGAAGAGGCUAUAAUUGAUGAUGUUCUUGACAUGGUGGACGAGGAAGAGGAGGAUGGGGACGGGGAAGAUCUGUUUGGGGACAAUGUCGACAACGACUAUCGCGAGAAUAUUCGAUUGGAUCGAUAUGAGAUUGACGAAGAACUGGAGAAUGAGGACUUUGAACAGAUGGAUAUGGAAACACGGCGGCUUGUCGAGGCAAAGUUGCGUCGAAGGGACCGAGAAGAGGCACGGCGGGAUGGAAGGCUUCCAGCUGCAUAUAUGGACGAAGACGACGACGAUUUGGAAGGGCCUAUGCCAAUACGUCGACGAAGGAGACAGAAUAUUGAUCCUGAUUUGCAGUUGGAUCUGGACGGCGAUAUGGAGGUGCCAGCUGACAUUGGUGAUGUUAGAGGGCCUUUGAACGAAUGGGUGGUUAUGGAAGGCCCUCGGCAAACAAUCAAACGUGAAUUUCAUCACUUUUUGACCUCCUUUGUCAAUGAAAAUGGGGAAUCUGUCUACGGAGAAAGGAUCAAAGCCAUGUGUGAAGCCAAUGGAGAGUCUCUGGAAGUUAGUUAUCUGCAUUUAGCUGAAACGAAAGCAAACCUUGCGUUUUACGUUGCCAAUGCACCCGCCGAAGUCCUCAAAAUCUUUGAUGUUGUGGCUCUGGAAGUUGUUCUCUCCGGGUUUGAAGAAUAUGACCAAAUCAAAAGUGAAAUUCAUGUUCGGAUAACGGACCUGCCUGUGUGCGAGACUUUGAGGGACCUCAGGCAAAGUCACCUGAAUACAUUGGUCAGAGUAACGGGGGUGGUGACUAGACGAACAGGAGUGUUCCCUCAGCUCAAGUACGUCAAGUACGAUUGCGUCAAGUGUGGUGCGGUGAUCGGACCUUAUUAUCAAGAUGCAAAUACCGAGAUACGAGUGGGUAACUGCCCGAAUUGUCAAUCCAAAGGGCCGUUUAACGUUAACAGCGUAGAGACCGUAUAUCGGAACUAUCAACGUAUGACGUUGCAGGAAACACCCGGCUCUGUGCCAGCCGGGCGGUUGCCAAGGCACAAAGAUGUAAUAUGUUUAUGGGACUUGGUGGAUUAUGCGCGGCCCGGAGAAGAAGUGGAGGUCACUGGUAUCUACCGAAACAAUUUUGAUGUAUCCUUGAACACGCGCAACGGCUUUCCUGUUUUUGCAACCGUGAUUGAGACAAAUCAUAUCAGCAAAAAAGAGGACGCGUUUGCAAGCUUCCGUUUGACUGAAGAUGAUCAGAAGAGCAUUCGUGCUUUGUCGAAGGAUCCACGUAUUUUGACCAGGAUCAUAAAGUCAAUCGCACCAUCUAUAUAUGGCCACGAAGACAUUAAAACCGCCCUGGCAUUGGCCAUGUUUGGUGGUGUAUUCAAAAAUCCCCAAGGAAAGCAUCGCCUCCGUGGGGAUAUCAACGUUCUCCUGCUCGGUGACCCCGGUACAGCCAAAUCGCAAUUCUUAAAGUAUGCUGAAAAGACUGCACAUCGUGCGGUAUACACUACUGGGCAAGGUGCAUCCGCCGUCGGACUGACAGCUUCCGUGCAUAAGGAUGCUGUCACCAAGGAAUGGACCCUGGAGGGUGGUGCACUUGUCAUGGCAGAUAAAGGCGUUUGUUUGAUUGAUGAGUUUGAUAAGAUGAAUGAUCAGGACCGGACUUCUAUCCACGAAGCAAUGGAGCAGCAGAGUAUCUCCAUAUCCAAGGCUGGUAUCGUCACUACUUUGCAGGCGCGGUGUGCUGUAAUUGCUGCCGCAAAUCCUAUCCGCGGUCGUUACAACACGCAGAUUCCAUUUUCACAAAAUGUGGAGCUCACGGAACCCAUUCUGUCGCGUUUUGAUGUACUUUGUGUGGUCAAGGAUGUAGCAGAUCCCGUAGUUGACGAGCGAUUGGCUCAGUUCGUUGUGAACAGUCAUAUUCGCAGCCACCCUCUGUAUAAGGAGGAGGAGGGUUCAGAAUCAUUGGCACCUCCAGUUGACGAAGAUAUUAUCCCACAAGACCUUUUGCGAAAAUACAUCAUGUAUGCCCGUGAUAAGGUCUACCCUCGUAUUGCAGAUAUUGAUCACCACAAGCUGGAAAAACUCUAUUCUGAACUCCGGCGGGAAUCCAUGAUGACUGGAGGUAUUCCGAUCACAGUCCGUUAUCUUGAAUCAAUCAUCCGUAUGUCGGAAGCAUUUGCGCGGAUGCAUCUGCGCGACUUUGUGCGACAAGAUGAUGUUGAUCGAGCUAUUUCCGUCACUAUAAAGAGCUUCAUCAGCUCGCAAAAGUACUCUGUUAAGAAGCAAAUGGAAAAGGCAUUUGACAAGUAUCUCUCAAGAGAUCGCGACUUUUUCGAGCUCCUUCAUCACAUCCUAUCCGAGAUUGUUGCCGAGCACAUUCGCUUCAGCUACUUCCGGCGGGAUACAAUGCCUGACGACGUCGAAAUUGAUGCGGAAGAGUUGGAAAUGCGUGCCAGGCAACUUCGUAUUCAUGAUCUGCAGCCUUACUAUCAGAGUCGGCUGUUUAAACAAACUUUCAAAUACGAUAGUCGGAGAAAGAAGAUAUACAAGAAGCUGUAGGGCAUUAGUGUAGUGCACAGUCGGUUCGGUAGGCGUGUACUUGAGGUGGAUGAUGGCAGUCUGCUGGUUUCUCAUUAUUCUUUACUUUAUUUUUGAAAUGUUUUUGUUGCUUCUUGCUGUACAUUAGAAUUGAGCUUGUUUGAACUUUUACCCCUUGGAGUCUGCAAAAUCUUUUCAGUAAUGCCAUG